AUGGCUCUCGGAAUGGAAAAUGGUGAUAUUAAGGAUGAACAAAUCACGGCUAAAAGCCAAUGGACUACAAAACAUCGGGCGGCUAAUGGAAGAUUAAAUUUCACACCGCGAGAUGGAAGAACAGGGGCAUGGACAUCCAGGUACAAUAAUCGUUACCAGUGGUUUCAGGUUGAUUUUCAAAGAUUUACUCUGGUAACAGGAAUCAGUACCCAAGGACGCAACAGUUAUAAUCAGUUUGUAAAAAGCUACAUCGUUUCUUCCAGUGAAGAUGGGGAAAAAUUUCAGAAAUAUUUACAAAAUGGAACAGCCAAGGAAUUCCAAGGAAACAGCGACAUUAAUUCCACUGUCUAUCACACGGUGAUUCCUCAUAUUUCUGCUCGGUUCAUUCGCAUUUAUCCAACGGCUUGGAAUGUACAUAUCUCAAUGAGAGUUGAAUUUUAUGGUUGUCAUGAAAAUUAA